GAGGAUCCCAGCGCGCACGAUUGGCGUUGUUGGCAGUCCACUUCGGAAAGUGGGCAGAUGGGCGCGCGGCUCCGCAGCCUGCAGAAGACCGCGCCGCCUCUGGCCGGCGUGCCGGAAAAGCGUGGGGUUGUCUGCCCGCAAUCCCGGGCCCCGCAGUCCCGGAUCAUCUCGCCGACCUUGACGCGCUGACUUCUUGGGACUUGGCAUACUCUCCGGGAGGACCUGGCCCCUUGCCGUGCCGUGCCCCGAUGAAUUGCGAGGCUAGGAGGCCGCCUCCCCCCGGGCAGGCAGUCUAUCAAUUCCCCGCGCUGAGCCGGCGCGCGCCUUCUUCCAUCAGCAGCCGGCUGAGCGCCGCUGCCAUCUGUCUCCGUACGCCCUAGGGGGUUCGAAGCAACACGCGCGCGGUGCUGGACACCGCUUGCAUUGGGCUACAUUUUCUCUGCGGGCGAGGCACUGCUUUCCUCUGCGAAAUUUUUAGAGCAAAAGGGGCACGAGGCCGAGGAAGGAGCGGCGAACGAAGCAGGUACGGCAAAGCGCUGCCGUGUGUGUGCCCGGUGGGUGCAUGCCGUGCCUGUGGGUCGUCCUCCUGAUACAUAGAAAGCGCGGCGCCGGCCCCGGUCGGGCCGGGAGCCUGGCGAGUGGCCUCCCAGGAGCGGACCAGACUUCCUCGCGCUCUUCAUGUUUUUCGGCGAGCGGUGGCCUGUGGCCCCGCCCCCUUUCUGUGUGCCCC